CGUUCAUUUUUGUCAUAUUCAGAUUUAUUGUGUUAGACCAUAUGAAUUUCAAUUUUCUAUUCUUUUUUUCUUUUCAAAAUCCUCAAGCUGUUAGUGCCGUUGACAAUCCUAUUAUCCCAACCUUAUAAGUCUAUGCAAAACGUUACACAUUUCUUAAGUGGCCGGGUCUAAUUCUCUCUUCCUCUUCUUCCCCGGCUCUGUUCAUCAACUUAAUCAGAUUCUUUUUUGGGUUUUAGUGUAAAGAAUGGAUAGUCAAAUGAGGACUAAAUUGAAAAGAAACUUGAUUAUCAAGGCAUGGGAAAGAUGUAAAUCUUUAGGCCCUAAUCCCAACAAAAAAUAUUCAAGAAACGUUGGCAAUUCUUUAACAAAGAGCAAAUCAUGGCACUGCACUACAAGAGCUCCACAAGGGUGUUUUUCAGUGUAUGUAGGAGAAGAGAGACAGAGAUUUGUGGUCAAGGCAAAAUUUGCUAAUCAUCCGUUGUUUAAAAUGCUGCUCGAAGAUGCAGAAUCGGUAUACGGGUUUAAUAGCGACGGUCCGUUGUUGAUUCCGUGUGAUAUUGAUUUGUUUUAUAAAGUUUUAGCUGAGAUGAAUUGUACUAAACUUAGCUGUAACGAUUCUUUAUCAGUUCUUUGCAGUCCUUUGCAAAAUUCGGUUACGAAGAGGUAUGGUUCGUAUAAGAUGCUCAAUUCAUCCAAAAUGUUGAAGUUGAAUGCGACAGUAUGACUCUAUAAAUUUGUGUUCAAAAUUCAAACUUCUAUUUUGUGGUGUUUUAGGUAAGUAAUAUUGUUACACGAUAUAGGUAUAUAAAUUGAUUGUUUUCAGUUGAUUGUUUAAAUUGUACAAAUUUUGUUCUUCUUCAAAACAGAGUAGUUUUUGCAUUUUCAAAAGUUUCGUAUCGGAGUCUACAAAGAAACGAUCCAAUUGAUCAAGGUUUCGAGUGAAUGGAUACUCGGAGAUCGAACGAGAAAAAUUGAAUUUGCUUGAUAUGAAAUUUUUGUUAUAUGCUAUUGAAACUAAUGAAGCCAAAUUCAAUCUUA